AUGGAUUCGACACGAAAGGUUUCUGGUUGGAACACAAGGAAUGAAAAUAUAGCCGACAAUAGUGGACUGAAUAUUGCAUACAUGGCAUUCAAAAAGAAUGAAAAAUUCAAAUCCGUGGUGGAAAAAUUGGCUGGAUUCGAAAAUUUCACAACGGCCCAAUUGUUCUUCAUUGCUGCUGGAAAUGUUUGGUGUCAUACUACCACUUACCAACAACAAGAGCAUUCAUUGAAAAAUGACGUUCACAGUCCAGGUUCUUUACGAGUGAACAUUGUUAUGAAGAAUAGUAUUCAUUUUGCCCAAGCCUUCAAUUGCCCAGAAAAUUCACACAUGAAUCCAAAACACAAAUGUAAAAUAUGGUAA